UUGAUUGGAUCUUCUUUCCAAUUUAGGUUUUAACUUGAAUGGAAUUUAAUUAAUCUACUAUUCCAUUAAUUGAUUUUUCUCACCAGACAAUCAAUCAUGUCCCAUCGAAGUUUAGAAAAAGACAAAGAUAAGAUUAAACAAUCAAGUGAGCCUGGCGAUGGUUCGAGUAGUGGAUCGAACUCACAAAUGCAUGAGGUCUCGUCGAAAGAUGAAUCCGGUGCUUCGAUGCUUUGUCCCUUGGCCUUGCGAGAUCGAGGCUACACUAUUUUAGAUCAAAUCGGCGGCGGUGCCUUUUCCCAGGUAUACAAAGCUCGAUACGCACCUUUGCUUGAUAAAGAUAUUGCGGUGAAAAUAAUCUCCUUGGACAAAGUGCCCCAAUUGUGGAAAGAUAAAUCACUUCGUAAAGAAUUGAAGAUAAUUCGUCAUCUUCAACAUCCCAAUAUUAUUCGUGUUUGGGAUAUAAUUAAAACCCGACGAUCGGUUUAUAUUUUCAUGGAAUUUGCUGAAAAUAAUUCGAUUCAUCAUUUUCUCCAAUCAAUUGGUAAACCAAUACCCGAAGACGAAGCUCGUAUUUGGAUGUCACAAACAUCGUCCGCUUUAACCUACAUGCAUUCUAAAGGUAUCGCUCAUCGAGAUUUAAAGAAUGAAAAUAUUCUACUCGAUCGUGACAAUAAUGCCAAAUUGACCGAUUUCGGAUUCGCUUGUUUUACUUAUGACCGAACAACCAAUCAACCAACAUCGGCACCGACCUGUUGUGGAACCAUGGCUUUCAUUGCACCCGAAGUAAUGACUCCUCCAUAUGAUCCAAAGAAAGCCGAUUGCUGGAGUCUUGGAGUUUGUCUAUUCGAGAUGGUGACCCAUGUCCGACCUUUCGAUGAUUCUCUUAAUCAGAAUAAAUUUCUAAAACACCAAUUAGAAAGGAAAUACAAAUACCCGGCGGAAGUUGAGCUUUCCGAAGAUGUUAAAGAUCUGAUUGAGAAACUAUUGGAACCCGAGCCAAGAAUCCGGUUCACGGCUCAUGAUUGCCUUAAACACAUUUGGAUAACUAGACCAUUUUCUAGAAUAGAAUAGAAAUUUAAUUGUAAACAAUUAACGAUCAAAUCCCGAUAAAUAAAAACGAGUAACAACCAACUGUACUCACCCUUAUG